AUGGGUGCUCCAGAGAUAACAACGACGCCGGAACUAGGCCUUGCGGAGAGCCAUGGCGGUACGGAGAUUAUCAAGGUGCAGAAUGAAGAUGAAUUACGUUUGGCCCAGAUGGGCCAUAAACAGGAGCUGAAGCGCCAUUUCUCCGUGUGGAGCUUGAUUGGACUGGCGGCCAACUGUACAAUCUCAUGGACAGGUCUGGGGACUGGUCUGAUUACGGCCAUUGAUGCCGGUGGCCCCGGUGCUUUGAUUUACGGCUUCAUUCUCGUGUUUAUUCUUCAGUCUUUUGUUGGCGCAUCCUUGGCGGAGUUUGUGUCUGCCUACCCUGUCGAAGGAGGCAUGUACCACUGGAUCGCAGCCAUUGCUCCUCGGAGAUACAACAGUUUUCUGAGCUUCGCAACUGGCUGGUGUACGGUCUUUGGAUGGAUCUUCACCACUGCCUCCACAAAUCUCAUUUACGCGAUUACCGUCAUGGCUCUGAUCGCACUAUACCAUGACGAUCUUGUGAUCCAGCCUUGGAUGACUUUUGUCGCCUAUCAAAUUCUGAAUAUCGUGACUUCUGGGGUUGUGAUGUUCGGUAAUCGCUUCAUACCAGCGAUUAAUAAGUUUUCUUUGGUGUAUCUGCAGCUCGCCUGGUUUAUCACGAUGGUGACGGUCGUUGCUUCUGCCCCGGUGCAUAACGAUGCUAAAUUCGUAUUCCGAACAUGGAUCAACAAAACUGGCUGGGAUAAUAAUGUGAUGUGUUUUAUCACUGGCCUCGUAAACCCCUUGUACUCCCUCGGGGGGUUAGAUGGUAUUUCGCAUAUCACAGAAGAGAUGCCAAACCCCGGAAGAAACGCCCCACUUGGACUAGCUAUUACAUUAUCGAUUGCCUUCGUCACCGGUAUCGCCUACUUGCUCAGCUUAAUGUUUUCGGUUCAAAACUAUGCCUCUUUGGGCGACACUCAAACCGGCUUGCCACUAGCGGAGAUUUUCCACCAAGCUACCUCCUCAAGAGGGGGCGCGUUCGGACUUGUCUUCAUGGUUUGGAUGGCCCUGGGUCCUUGUGUCAUUGGCUCUCAACUGAGUACUGGCAGAGUGCUUUGGGCUUUUGCCCGUGAUGAUGGCUUGCCUCUUUCCCACAUAUGGGCCCGCGUGCACCCAAGUCUUGGCUCUCCGUUCAAUGCCCAGCUCUUCGUUGGGGUAAUCAUCGCAUUGCUGGGAUGUAUUUAUCUCGGCUCGAGCACGGCAUUCAAUUCGAUGAUGAGCUCGGCUGUGACCAUCAACAACUUUGCCUUCAUUGUGCCAAUUCUGACCAACGUUCUUCUCCGCCGCCGAACAAUGCACAAGGGACCUUUUUCGAUGAACUUUGUCACCGGAAUGACGGUCAAUAUCGUCGCUGUGCUGUGGCUUGUCUUCGCCAUUAUCUUUUUCUCAUUCCCAUAUCAAAUGCCAGUGACAGUAUCAAACAUGAAUUACACCUGCGUGAUCAUCGGUGGCUUCCUUAUAAUCGAAAUGGGUUGGUGGGUCAUCGCGGGUAAACGAUACUCGCGCACAGUCCAGCGAGCCCGGGAGGAAGAGGAGACAAGCAACACGGUGAUUGUUGGCAAAGAGCAAAAGGCUUAA